ACACACAUAUUGGUUAAAUCAUUGCAAUUAUUUGAUUCAGGGUUUUUCAACUGAAUCCCCAAAAAUGAGUUGAAGGGCAACAUUAUGUUACAAACAAUACCAAUAAGAUAAUAAACCAUUUACCUGCUGGUCAAUAACAUUAUUAAUGUGUUAAAGCCACUCUGGAAAAUGUGUUGCCAUAACUGAUGUAGCUCAAUGAGUGUGCAGCAUACCAAUACGCAAUGAUCCAGUCUGUGCUCUAAUAUAAAAAUGUGAUAUUGAGCCCGAAAUGUAGCUUUUAAAUGUGAAAAAACACUUUUUUUUAAAUAAUCUUUGGACUGAAACUGUACCAUGACACCACUUGGGUCCAAGCCAUAAUAUUUUAAGAAUCAAUUAUCUGAUUGAAUAAAGCCUUAGAUCUCACCUAAGGUGAGUAAAAACAUAAAAUGGAAAUAGAUGUGAUUAAUGUAAAAGUUAAACCAAAUCUGCAGUGUAUUGUCUCUGAACCAUUUCUAUUGGCACACAUUAACUCACAGCACUUUUUGACUUUUGCUUUUAAUUUCUCUGGGUUUUAAAGAGACAAUUUCACUGUAAUCUAUCCACAAGGACCCUAAACCAGGCCCCUGGGAGGACACCUGUGAUAAAAACCAUAUCCUCGAGGAUAUGUUGGCUUCAUGGCACUUUGAGUGGAUACGAACCAUGGUGGACUCGGAGAGAAAGGGCUUCAUGAACAAGCUCUAUGCCAUCCAGGACGUGUGCAUCAGCGUGCAAAAUGCACUGGAUGAAGUGGCCUCCUAUGGCGAGAGGAUAAAGAACACAUUUAACUGGACUGUGCCUUUUCUAAGCUGGCUGGCUAUUUUGGCUCUCGGAGUGGCCACCACUAUCAUCUACUUCAUCCCUCUACGAUACAUUGUAUUAGCCUGGGGUGUGAAUAAAUUCACCAAAAAGCUGAGAGACCCCUACACCAUCGAUAACAAUGAGCUGCUAGACUUUCUGUCCAGAGUGCCCUCAGAUGUACAAGUGGUGCGUAAACUUCUGACUUUAUCUUUGCCAUGUUUUUAUCUAUUUUGACAUCACAUUUGCUG